CCCUCCCACACGAGGCGCCAUUGAGACGUCGCCAUGGCCCUGCUCUCAUCGCUGCUGGCGCUCCGGCAAGAUAAGCGCCUGCUCAAGAUACCGCCCUACCUCUCGGCCCUCCUGAUUGUCGUGGGCAUCGGAUGGCUGCUGGUGCUUCCGCUGAACGAGUACUCGCGCCGCACCUACAUCUCGGAGAACGCCCUUCUUCCCGGCCAGGUACACACGUACUUUACCGGCAGCGAGCACAACGUCUUUCGCGCCUACCGCCAUGAGGUCCACGCCCUGAAGGACAGGCCCGUUGCAGAACGCUCUGCGAAGCUCGAGGCGAUUUUCCGCGAACAGAACCUCAAGGUCGCAACACAGCAUUACAACUAUACGGUCUCGAACCGCACAAUCGCAAACGAAAACGUCUAUGCCAUUCUGCAGGGACCGCGCGCCGACGCCACGGAGGCCAUUGUGCUCAUCGGAGCAUGGACCAACAUGGAGGAUGAGAUGAACAACUCCGGCGUCGCAUUGGUUCUCACGCUGGCGCGCUACUUCAAGCGCUGGAGUCUGUGGAGCAAGGACAUCAUCUUCCUCAUUCCCGGCGACAGCACAAUCGGAUCACAGGCCUGGGUCGACGCAUACCACGAGGCACACGACACGCGCUAUGUCGAGGGGUUGAAGAUCAAGAGCGGGGCAUUGCAAGGCGCGGUUGCUGUCGACUAUCCCGCUGGUCCAUGGGGCCACCGAUACGACAAGCUGCAUAUUGUGUAUGAUGGCAUCAACGGCCAGCUUCCCAACCUUGAUUUGUUCAACACUGCAGUCCAAAUUGCGUCUGGCCAGCUGGGCAUUGGAUGCGUGAUUCAGCGCAUGUGGGACCAUGGCGACUCGUACAAGGAGCGCCUUCAGACCAUGCUUCGAGGCAUGCUUUCGCAAGGUCUGGGCCACGCAACUGGGCCUCAUUCGUCGUUUAUUCCGUACCAUGUUGAUGCCAUCACGCUGGUGACUGUUGGCAAUGGCUGGCACGACGAGAUGUCGCUUGGAAAGACUGUCGAAUCGCUGUUCCGCAGCUUGAACAACCUCCUCGAGCACUUCCACCAGAGCUUCUUCUUCUACCUCUUACUGCAAGACAGGCGCUUUGUCAGUAUUGGUACAUACCUCCCGUCGGCCAUGAUGAUUGCCAUCAACUUCAGCAUCGCCGCAAUGGCACUGUGGGUCAAGAGCGGACGCAUCCAAGACACGGUUGAAAACCCCGCCGCUACAAAGCCACAGGCCGGAAAACCUGCAAAGCCAGCCCCGACCGAGAAGAAGGGCCCUGAAAAGGAAGAAGCCAAGGAGGAGCCCAAAGAAGAGGACGCCAAGAAACAAGACACAGCCAAAAAGUCUGAACCCGCCACCGAAAUCGUCCAAAAAGACGGCUCCCUCGCAGUCGUCCCUGCAGAGUCCACAAAAGUAACAGAACGCCACCUCCUAUUCCCUCUUGUCCUCGUCCUCGCCGCCCACGCCUUGGGUCUGAUUCCGCUGUACCUCUUCAGCAACUGGGACAGCGACCACCUGCCAGGCCUCUUCAUCACGGCCUGCAACAUCACGACACUCUUCCCCGUCGCCGUCACCUUUCUCGUGUACUGGUCUGCCCCCGAGAUCCUCACGCCGCAGGCCCUAUGUCUCCUCCAAUGCUUCUCCCUGCUCCUCCUCGGCAUGGUUCUCGCCGCGCUUGCCACGCUCAAUUUCUCCCUCAGCGUCAUCGUAGGCGUCGCCUGCGUGCCCCUGAGCUUUGUCCGCAAAACAGCGCAUAACGGACUCACGGGUCUGCAGCUCCUUAUUCUCGCCGUGCUCAACCCCCUCUUGGUCGUCCAGACGGGCACAAAGAUCCUCGGUGCCGACCUCAUGCAGGUCCUGGUGCAGAGUGCUAUUGGCUGGCAUGUCUGGGGCAUGUGGACCCAGGUGGUGUAUUGGCUCGUUUGGUUCCCUGCAUGGCUUGUUGGCGCUAUUGUUGUUUCGACGGGUAUGUGGGAGUAAGUAAUGAGGAGACGGGGGAUAUAUAUAUGUGUGUGUAAAUCGAGUAAAAAGCGAAUUGCAUAGUAGAAAUCCUGAUCAUGUAAGCUAUGUAGCAAAACAUCACAA